UAUUUUUGCAUUAUUGAACUAGUAGAGCAUAUGUGAGGUGGAAUUUAUAUGGAUACAUGAUAAAGUAUGAGCUAGCGUGAUGCUAUAACCUUUUCUUUUUUGGUUUUCUCAGUAGAAUCUAGAUAUAUGUCUUUCCAUCUUCUGGCUUCUUUUUGAUUUUCAGUAACAUCUAGAAAUCUAACAUUGUGUGCUGUUUGUUCCAAUACCUGUUCAUCCUGUUACUUUUUACCAGCCGAGUUAUAUUCUUAAUUCCUCUUAGUCAAUUUUAACCCGGAAAAGGUAGGUGUUUCUCAUAGAGCCUUUUACAGUCAGGUAAUAGCAUUCUUUACCUCUGGGUUCCAUCUGAAACUAUUCUUUUUCUCAUCCCGUAUUGAAGGUAUGAGCGUACACAUAAUUGUUCUCGUGUUUUCAUAACAGAUUUUCACAUCUACAAACAAAGUUGGGAUGUCAUUCUCUCUUAGAGUUGCUGAGAGUUCCCACCAAAAUAAAUAAGACCUUUCUUUGCUAGCAGUAUCUGCAAAUCAAGGUUUGAGGUUGGAUUCCUUUAUUUAAGAUAUGUUGCAGAUGCAAAGACGUUGUGGACAUGGUAUGAACCAUACAUUAAAGAUGAUGAGGAGUUUUCACCAGGAUCAAAUGGACGGAUGACGACAAUGGGUGUUUAUAUACGUGAUUUGCUACUUGGACUGUACUACUUUGAUACAUUGUUUCCUCGUAUACCUGUUCCUGUCAUGCGCCAGAUUGUAUCAAAUCUUGAGAAGAUGAAUCUGCCAACUAAACCUUCUGGGUCAACCGGAGACAUGAGUCGUGGCUCUGACGACACUGCUCGUCGUCCUCCAUCAGUAAAAGCAUCUCUCUCUGUUUCAUUUGGUCAACGUGCACCUCAUCGUGCUUCCACCAGAGGCUCUUCUCCUGUUCGUCGUCCUCCACCGUCUGGUUAUGAUAGAAAUGGAGGCGAUGAACCACAGGCUCGGUCCCCACGUAGGAGCCAGAGCCGAGACUAUUAUUCUGACAGAGACUCAGAUAGACAGCGGGAUAGAGAGAGGGAGAAAGACCGCGAACGGGACAGAGAGAGAGACAGGGAGAGGGAGAGAGACAGAUACAGAGAAAGGGAGAGAGAUUAUGGUGAUGAUAGGAGAUCGAGGCGAGACUAUGAUAGUAGGGGUAGACGCAGAGAUUAUGAUGAUGAUAGAAGCAGACAUGACCGGAGAAGCCGGAGCAGAAGCCGAAGUAGGAGCAGGAGUGUGCAAAUUGAGCGUGAACCAACUCCAAGAAGAGAUAGUAGCAACAAGGAGAAAGCUGUGACUGUGAACAGCAAUCUUGCAAAGCUAAAAGAUUUAUACGGAGACGCAAGUAGUCAGAAAGGGGAUGAAGGAUUUGGAACAAGGAGAGAUUCAAGUUCAGAAGAAGUGAUUAAGCUUGGUGGUUCCUCUUGGAGGUGAAAAAGAACAAAAAAAACUAAAACUGUGGAUUUUAAAUGCUUCUAUUCUGUAGGAUGAUGCAUGCUGUAUUACUGUACUGUUUUGAUUUCCAGCAAACUAUUUGUUAUAUGCCUGAAAUUACAGUUUUAGAAUUGGUCUUUAUCAUCAAUGUCUUUAGACUUGUGCUGUCUU